GUGGACACCGGCUCAUCGAUCACGAUCAUGUCCUGGGACAACCUCGUGAGAGCCUUACCCGCCAUCGCAAAGCGCAAGCUGCAACCACAAAGACUAAAAGUACAGGACUACCAGGGGAAUCGCAUCCCUGUUCGAGGGGUAACGUCCGUCCACGUCGAGUAUGGACACUACAAGAAAACUCUGCCCAUCACCAUCGUCGAUGGGACCCUGCCAAGCUUGUUGGGACUGGACUGGUUCCGAGCAUUGGGCAUGGGAGUGACUGGAAUCUUCAGAAACGAAGUCGACCUCAAAGACACACUCACGAAGGAGUUUGGGGACGUUUUCAAAGACUGCCUGGGCAAGUACAAGGGGACCCCUAUAUCCUUUAACUUAGACCCCCAAGUUGCCCCUAUCCGCCUAAAGGCUAGGAGGGUCCCGUUCGCCCUAAAGCCCAGGAUUGACCGGGAACUGGACAAACUAGUAAACCAGGGAAUUCUAGUGCCAGUUGACCAUGCUAAGUGGGAGACCCCCAUAGUCACCCCAGUCAAACCGGACGGAUCGGUCCGGAUUUGCGCUGACUACAAGGCAACGCUGAACAAAGCGUUGCAAAAGAGUGCUUACCCCGUUCCGGUGGUACAGCACUUACUGCACUCAAUGGGGCGUUUCAGGUAUGAUCCCCCAUAA